GCCGCCCCCGCCGCCGCCCCCGCCGCCCGCGCCGCUCCCCUGCCCGGCUCGCCGGCCCCGGGCGCGGGGGAGCGGCGGAGCCCUCAGCCCGCCGGGUGCAUGGACAGGAGCUCCCUGCUGCAGCUCAUCCAGGAGCAGCUCGACCCCGAAAACACCGGCUUCAUCGGCGUGGAGACGUUCGCCAGCCUGGUGCACAGCCAUGAGCUGCCCCUGGACCCCGCCAAGCUCGACAUGCUGGUGGCCCUGGCACAGGGCAACGACGAGGGGCAGGUCUGCUACCAGGAGCUGGUAGACCUGAUCAGCAGCAAGCGCUCCAGCAGCUUCAAGCGCGCCAUCGCCAACGGGCAGCGGGCGCUGCCCCGCGACGUCCUGCUGGACGAGACCGGCCUCGGCAUCUACAAACGCUUCGUCCGCUACGUGGCCUACGAGAUCCUGCCCUGCGAGAUGGACCGGCGCUGGUACUUCUACCAGCACCGCACCUGCCCGCCCCCCGUCUUCAUGGCAGCCGUCACCCUCACCCAGAUCAUCGUGUUCCUGUGCUACGGGGCCCGGCUGAACAAGUGGGUGCUGCAGACCUACCACCCCGAGUACAUGAAGAGCCCCCUGGUCUAUCACCCCGGGCACCGGGCGCGCGCCUGGCGCUUCCUCACCUACAUGUUCAUGCACGUGGGGCUGGAGCAGCUGGGGUUCAACGCCCUCCUGCAGCUGAUGAUCGGGGUGCCCCUGGAGAUGGUGCACGGCAUCCUGCGCAUCAGCUUCCUCUACCUGGCCGGGGUCCUGGCAGGCUCCCUCACCGUCUCCAUCACGGACAUGAGGGCUCCCCUGGUCGGGGGCUCAGGGGGGGUCUACGCCCUCUGCUCUGCUCACCUCGCCAACGUCGUCAUGAACUGGGCCGGGAUGCGCUGUCCCUACAAGCUGCUGCGGAUGGUGCUGGCGCUGGUGUGCAUGAGCUCCGAGGUCGGUCGCGCCGUCUGGCUCCGCUUCUCGCCGCCGCUGCCGGCCUCGGGCCCGCAGCCCAGCUUCAUGGCGCACCUGGCGGGGGCCAUCGUGGGCAUCAGCAUGGGGCUGACCAUCCUGCGCAGCUACGAGGAGAGCCUGCAGGACCAGUGCGGCUGGUGGGUGCUGCUGCUGUCCUACGGCACCUUCCUGCUCUUCGCCGUCUUCUGGAAUAUCUUCGCCUACGACCUGCUGGGGGCACAGAUCCCCCCCCCGCCGUAGCCCGUCCCCUCGCCCCGACCCUGCGGUUGAUUUGUUUUCCAAGCCCGGCGGAGGGGCUGGGGGGGGUCCCCGCGCGUGACAUGGGGACAGGCCACCCCCCGCCCGCCUGUCCCCUCGGUGCUAGCGAACGCGCCGCCCCCCGCCCCGGGCUGCGCCCCCCCGGUGUCCCCUGCCGCCCCCCCCCCCCGCUGUAGCCCCGUCCCCAAAGGAUGCUUCAGCCCUGCCCCGGCAUCGCCAACCCCCCCGGGGUGCCCGCAGGGCUCGGAGCGUGCCCCUCGGGAAGGAGCCGGAGCAGGGGGACCCCCCCGCUGGCUCCCGUACCCCCUUUCCAGGGUGGGGGCCGCUUCGCUGCCCCCCAGGACCUGCACUUUCACACGAAGGACUGGUGCCAAAAGAGGAGCGAUUUAUUUUUCUAUGCCAAAAUAAAUAUAAAUAAAAGAAAGAGGAUUAAAAAAAAAAAAAAAAAAAAAAAACACCAAGGAUAUGGGGAGAGCCCGGCAGGAAUCAGCUGAGACCGGCACAACUCAUUUUGGCAGUGCCCUCGGCGGCACAGCCCCCCCCUCCCCGCGCCCCGGCCCCCCCGCUUUGCUGCCAGCCGCCCUCCCGGGACGGGGGGCUGGCCUCGGGAUGGGGGCGCGGGGGGGGUCCCCGCUCUAACCUCCCCCCCAGACCUUUUUGAAGUAUAAAUAAAUAUUUUGCACACUG